GUCAAUUUUCCAGAAAUUCUCUUAAAACAUUUUUGAUUGGAUAUUUUUCUUCAUCAGAGAUCACUAGAAGCCUUUUUAGGUUUCAGAACAUACAAUUCCGAGAUCCAUGAUGUAAACUGAAGAUGAAAGGGAAAGGCAAGGGCAUCAUAGACAAGGAUUGCCCUCUACAGUUCCCUGACCUACAGCCAGUAGAUCAUGCUACAGAAUGUCCCAAGUACACCGCUGUUCUGACACGGUCUGAAGAUGAAGGGAUCGGUCUCGAGGAGCUGGAGGUCAUACAGAGUGACCUUGAGACACUGCUGGCGUCCGCAGGACUGAGACUAAAACAACUGGAACACGAAAAACAGAUCCUGGUAAACUGGCAAGAUAAAAAGGACAGAAAAGGGCUCCCUCCAGGGAAGGUGCAACCAGAGACACCUACUUCAGGGAAAAGAGGAAAAGUUGUUGAGGAAAAGCCAAACAAGAAAUUCAAGAGCUCUACAGAGCCCUCAGGGAAGGGGGCUGUUCACCAGACUCCCACAGGGCCAGGGAGACCUAAGUCUAAAAUCAACCAGACAAAAGGGGAGUUUGACACUGCUGCGGAUUCUCCUAUCGAUUUGCCAAAGUUACCCAAGAAUGAUGCCGUGAACCGUUUCUGGGUGUCUGUCGAGCCUUACUGCUCUGACAUCAGCGGAGAGGACAUCAAGGUCUUGGAGGAUCUUCUCAUCAGUCACGAAGAUGAUGCCGACUAUUUUAAGGUGCCAGCUCUCGGAAAACACUUCUCUGACCGUUGGGCUGAAGAAGAUCUCUUAGAGGAACAGAGAGAUGGGGCCAAGAUAAAUGACCGACGCCGUGGUACGAACAACAACCACAGUGGUUGUCCGGAUGUUACAACAUUACUGAAGAAAGCGGAGCAGAGUAAUGUGGACGAGUCGCCAUUCGGACCCCUCACCCAGCGGCUGGUGUCUGCCCUCAUUGAGGAAAACAUCAUGACACCUAUGGAUGAUGCUAUGGCAGAACUAGGGGGAGAAUCUGCCGACGAAGCUCCCGCAAUAUCUCCCAGAGCUUUAGCCAAGCAGUUAAACAUCGGUAACCCUAUACACCUGGAGAAACGCAUCAAACGGGAACUGGAGGAACAAGGGAUAUUGGACAUGGAGGAUAAAGUUGAAGACAACCCUGACGAUGAGAUUCUAACAGAGCUUCGUCAAAAACAGCAGGAACUUAAGGCUAUCAGUCAACAUAACAUUGUGGUGACGAAAAACAUACUGGAACGGGCCAAGGAGGAAAUGAAGAAACAGGAAAUCAGGAAGAAGCUGGGCGCAGCUGAUGCUGAGGUACUAGAUGCAUACAGGAAAAUUCAGGCCGCACGCCAGAAGAAGAAAACGCCGACAAAGAAGGAAAAGGACGCUGCAUGGAAAGCUCUUAAAGAAAGAGACGCUUUAGUGAAAGUUUUAGCUUCGAAAAACAAGUGAUCAUUUUGGAGUUCCUGAGCAGUUUACGCAAAUUCAUUUUACAUAACAUACUAGUGAAAUUUGAUUCCAGUGUUGAUAGGAUGAAUCAAAAAUCGAGUGUAUGUCACAGGGUGAAAAAAAUCAUUUUAUUUUGUCAUACUCUUUACAUGUGAAGUGUUAUUUUGUAUAGUACAGUUUUUUCAUUGAUAAGACUUUAGUAUUCAUCAAUUAUUCAUUCAAAUUCAUUUGCAUAAAUGUAUUCAUUUUAAUAUUCAUUUCAGUUCAAUUUCAUAAAAAAUUCAUAAAUCAUGAUGUAAAACAGUUGUUUAUAUUCAUUUCAUUUUCAUAUCUUUCAGAAAAAGCAUUUGUAUUCUUGUCUUAUUGGACCACUUCACAUUAAUUCAAAACAAUUCUGGAUAAUUCAGAGACAGUGACAGGUAUCGUGAUAUUGUUGUAUAUCUGAAAUCUUGUAAAAAAAAAAAUUAAUAAAAUUGUUUUAACCAAUUUUCAAAUGAGUAAUGAAUUUAUACGUAACAUCAAAUAAAAUAUAAUUUUUGUCUCUUACAUCAUAUAAUUAAAAAAAGAACUCUAAAAUCCAUAGAUUUCUGAUUUACACUGCGAUAGUUGUUACAUUACAUUCCCAGUGUAAAAUUAAACAGAAAAUUCUUCUGCAUCAUGAUGUUUUUAUGUUGUAUGUUGUACUCAUUUUGACAUAGGCAGCAGUGUUCAAUGUGGACGUCUUUUAUUGGUUGAACUUUUCAUUCACGAAUAUUAAGUCCAUUUUGGCCGAAAAACUUUGCAAUUGGAUGCACUCUUAAACUGGAUAUACCCAGUAUCUGACUGAAUGUACACGAUUUUAUACCAUGACUCUAGUUUGAAAUCUAAAGUAUCUGAUUUAAAUCGCAUAUAGUCUGACCAUAGCUGGUAAUGGCAGGCUUCAAAAUUCUGACCGGUCAGCUGUUCAUGGUCACCUAUACAAACUGCUCUCCCAAAACCCGAGGAUUUGUCGCCAGAAUCUGGUGAUGGUGAUUGAGGCAGGUUUUAAAGCAGUCAUACCUAAGUUUUCAUCGAUUUAAUUUGCACUCAGUUGACUACAUGUCUCAUGUCAAUUCGUCAGAUUAUGCAGGGUACAUCGUAAAGUUCACCGAUAUAUUAUCUGAGGUUAAUAUUUUCGCUAUACAUACUGUACAAUGUAUAUAGGUUUUACGGUGUAACCUUGACACCGUCAUCAUAUGACCUUGACUGUUGCGAGAACAUUUAACCCCUGAAAACAAAACGUUUGGUCUGCAUCAUGAUCCUGAGGUACCCAACACAUAUGAUGGACGAGUUGUAUAAUUAAAUUUGUCAGUAUUCAGAAUUUGAUAGGGUUGCUUUUUAAUUACAUCUUAAUGAUCUGACCAAACUUCUUUUCUACAUGUAAAAUAGAUUUGGAGUCAAAUCUUCAAAAUUCAGUCAAGUUCAUCAAAUCUGUGGAAUUGUUAAAUUUUGAUAAGAUUGUUUGCAUGCUUUCAACGAGUUACUCUAAUAUUAAAUGUGCAACAUGAUUUUGUCAUCUUCAGAUAUUGUGGUCAUUAAAGACGUAAUAUAUGAUA